AUGGGCGACGCCGUGGAUGAGUAUAUCGCAGGAGCCAUCCCGGAGGACGUACGUGACGGCAGGGCCACACGGAACCUGCACGUUGCGGUCAUCGCGCCCCUGACCCACUCGGAGCAGUACACCGUCAUGGAGGGCGUGCGAACCGUCCCCGUGCGGCCGCCGCCCGGUUAUGAGACGCGCGUGCUAUCGGCCGGCGUGGACUAUGCCCAGGUCCGGUGGUUGAUGGCGCAGUGCGACAAGACGCAUGGGACGGCUUCCGCCGGCGGAGGCGGCGAGAAGGAUAGCGCGGAAGUAGAGAGUUCUCAUCCGGACCUUCUAGUCAUCGACUGCGAGUCCGAACAGCUCGUCCCCGCGGGCGAAGACUGCAAGUUCGCGGCGCUGAGCUACGUGUGGGGCGGCGCACGGGGCGGCGACGAGGCCGGCGACGACGACGAGAGGGAGCAGUUCCAGGCGGAUUUGAGCCGGCGGCGGCGGCUGCUUCCGCGGACGGUGCGAGACGCAGUGCACGCGGUGCGCGAGCUGGGGCUGCGGUUCCUCUGGGUGGACCAGUACUGCAUCGACGACACGGAACCGGGGCGCAAGCACCACACCAUCAGCAACAUGGACGCCGUAUACCGGCGAGCGGCGUUGACCAUCGUGGCUGCGUCGGGGGCGCACAGCGGCCACGGGCUGCCCGGUUCGCGGCGGAUCCAUUGCCGGCUGGACACGUACUCGCUCGUGGAGAACAACGGUGGCGGGCAGGAAGGGGUUGGUGAUGACGAAGGCGCGGAGAAGGAGUCGUACGUGUACGUCGAAGACGCGCACGCCGAGCUCGGAGAGCUGGUAUGGUCGACGCGCGGGUGGACGUACCAGGAGGGUCUGCUGUCGCGGCACCGGCUGGUCUUCACUGAGUCGCAAGCCGUAUUCCAGUGCCUACACGACAACGGCCGGGUCGCACGCGCUGGGGAUAUUUUCUACCGGAUCGAGGAGUACACGCGCCGCCACCUCACGUAUCCGGCCGACUCGCUCAAAGCCUUCCUCGGUGUCUUUCGUGCCUUCGAGAAGCUUCGACCGCCCGCGAUGCACUACUGGGGCGUCCCAUUCGUCUUCGCCGCUGAUGGAUCAAUCUGCCAGCUCGCUCAGGGAUUGCUCUGGAAGUCCCAGUCGUGUGCCCUGCGACGAAUUCGGAGCUUUCCCUCGUGGACCUGGGCUGGGUGGGAGGGAUGGGCCGACCAGCAGCAGCAGCACUCUGGUGGUGAAGACCCCGACCAUUCGGUAUGGAUGUAUGGUCUGCUGCCCGUGGAUCCAUCGCUGGCUGACCUCGAGGAUAUAUCGAUCGACGUACCGUGCGGUACGGGACAGCUACUUGACAUCCAUGAAUAUUUCAGACUAGAGCGCGGUGGGCGUGGGAGUCGGGGACUGCCGACAGAGCAUGCAAUAUAUAUCACCGCGUGGACGACAGAAAUCAGCUUUUCUCCUGGGAGGCAGCGUGAGUAUAUCCUGGACCUCGACACAAGGUCAGACUUUGGGCUUGCUCUCGGUACCGACGAUGGUGGUCUAGCUGGCAGACUUCGUAAUGAGACAUGGACGGUGGCCGUCAUCUGUUGGUCGCUGUCACACUCCACACACGCAGCUCGAGGCUUCCGCACGCAGUCAAUCGUAUUGGGUCGGGCGGGAGCGGACUCUGUUUGCAGGGUCGGCACGCUGGAGACGAGAUGGCGCAAGCAGCACCUCGAAGAAGACGGGCAGGGGAGAGCGCACAUUGCGGCAUGGAAUCGGAAUUUCGUCAGGAGACGUCUUCGUCUUGUAUGA